AUGUGCUUUGCGGUUGACGUGCAAGAGAUACAACGACCUGAUCAUACACAUUGUGAGUCGCCUGUUACCAAAGAUCAAGUCUUCUGGAAUAAUGCUCUACAUACUCGAUGGAAUCACGCUAAUAUUGUGGUGUGCAUGAAGUUCGAGAGACGAUUCCUAGCGACACGCAAGACCAGCUUAAUGGGGAAGAGUCUCACGCAUCUCGAGGAAAUCUCCCGUCAUCCUACGCUUGGAAAAGCCGUGAAGACGCUCUCGAUUCAAGACGAUUGCGAAAAAGUCGAUCCAUACAACUGCGACCGUGUGACGGACUCCUCCGAGAUCUGGCCCCGAGAUGACAAAGGAUAUGUCAUACAAAACCACUUGAAAGUUGAGCGCCUGACACACAUCCUACUGGAACAUCACUUGCGUCCAAGAGUAAUCAAAUUCCGUUGUUACAGAAUCGCCAACAGGAAUCUGUCGAAAUGCUCAAAGGCAGUCCGAGAAAAGCACAAUUUCGACGAUCUUUUCGUGGGCAACGACCUUCUCUCUGGAUCAUUUCUCCAGCUUGCUGAUGAGAUUGUCCAGAGCGCAAAGCUCAGCAUCGAAGCAAUCUGCAUACAAGAGUCGCAGAUUCGCGGCUGCAAUUGUGCGAUAGACCAUUUUCCUGAACGUAAGAAGCUCGGAAGGGUCAUGGGUCUACACCGCCCAAAGUGCUACGACAUCACCUUGACGCUGUCACACGAUGCUGCUGAACAAGGCAAGGGAUUCUCAUCAUUACGCUCUACAGAAGUAAAGUCAGACCCGCUUUGGUUGCAACAUAUUCUCUACAACGCUCCUCGCCUUGAGAAUCUCAAUCUCGAUCAAGUUGACUUCCCAUCGAACAUGUUGCUAUCUGCAGACGUUUCCAUCGCGGCACUAAAGCGACUCAAAAUCAACUUCUCAAAGAUGACCGCAGCACAACUACAAAUCAUCAUGGCGCAAUCACGUCAAAGCCUAACCGAUCUCGAACUUACACAUGUCACCCUUAAACACAGCCCAUCAUGGCGCGACGUUCUCUUCUCCAUCAGCAGACAAUGCACCGGUCUGACAAAAUUCCUCGUCCACGGUCUACGGAAUGCCUCCGGGGAAUAUUUGGAACAUACGCAAGAUCUUAGUUUCGAAGGUUUCACUGCGGAGAUGGUAUCCUUUGAACAUAGAGCGGGUUUGAGGAUCGAUUCCUUACCGACUCGGCCUGGGCAUCGCCCAAUAUCGAAUGUUGAGUAUCAUGGGCCAGACGCGAAUUUGGUUCUUGCUCGUCUGGCUGGGUAUUUUCUCACGUGUUUAUGA